GAGUAGCGGUCCGUAGCUUCGCCAGGCGACCGGGGUCCGGGACACAGACGAGAUCCGGAGCCCCUGCUUCGGAGCGGCCGAGAGGGCUGCGGCCCGGACUUUGUCCUUUCUGCCAGGAGGAGGGGCCCCGGAACUCGUGGUCUGCAGCUGGGCAGCGAUGGCGGCCGUGCUGAUCCGGGAAGCCACGGAGGGAGACUGUGGGGCAAUCCUGAAGAUGAUACGGGAAUUAGCAGAGUUUGAGAAACUCUCAGAUCAAGUGAAGAUCAGCGAAGGAGCCCUAAAAACUGAUGGCUUUGGUGAAAAUCCUUUUUUUCACUGUCUGGUGGCUGAGAUUCCUCCGGAGCUUGGGGAUGCCCGGGGUUCCACUGUGGUGGGCUAUGGCCUCUACUGUUUCGUCUACAGCACAUGGACAGGACGAACUGUGUACCUGGAGGAUAUCUACGUGAUGCCGAAAUAUCGGGGUCUGGGGAUUGGUUCCAAGAUUGUCAAGAAAGUGGCUGAGGUUGCCUUAGAGAGAGGCUGCUCCCAGUUCCGUCUAGCUGUUCUCGACUGGAACAAAAGUGCCAUGGACUUCUACAAGACCAGAGGGGCCAAAGACCUCACUGUAGCAGAAGGCUGGCGUUUCUUUCGAUUUGACAAUGAAGCAAUGAGAAAGCUGGUGAGGAAUUGAGAUGAGGUGUCUGGGUCCUUUAGAAUCCAGGCAUUUCCUUUAGAUCUCCUUUCCCCCUCAGCUCUUAUUCUACUCAGGUACAUUGGAGUCCUGUUCCUAUGGUCACCUGAUUCAAGAGAGGGAAAAAUGGUUGGGAAUUUAAAAUGUCCUAAAGUAAUAAAAGAAAAUAUCACAAAAGAA